AUGAAUAUUAACUUAGAAAAGUUGAUUGAGCCUGGACAUGAGCAAGGGAUACCUAGUCUGAUACGUGCACCUUUUCAAUACAUAGAAAACAUUCCAGGUAAUAACGGAAAUAUCAGAUCAAAGUUUUUGAUAGCAUUUAAUGACUUGUAUUAUAAGAUUCCUCACAAAGCUUUGUUAGCAAAAAUUGAAGAUAUUAUAUCUAUUUUUCAUAAUUCCUCGUUGCUUAUUGAUGAUAUCGAGGACUAUUCAGAUUACAGGAGAGGAGAACCAGCGGCACACACUAAAUUCGGUAUCCCUUUGACAAUUAACUGUGGAAACUUGAUGUACUUUGUAGCAUUGCAUAGAGCACAAGAAGAUUUAACGAACAUGUACAUUGAUCUUGAAGGCGGAAAAACUGAAGCUGAGAUUGAUAAACUCAAGUACGAAACACUGAGGCUUUUAAUAGACGAAAUGCUCAACUUACAUCACGGUCAAGGUCUUGAUAUUUAUUGGAGGGACCAUUUGGUAGAGGAAGACUUGCCUCAAGUAGAGCAGUAUUUACAUAUGAUAAAAAAUAAGACUGGAGGUUUAUUUCGCUUGUCGGUUAAAUUAUUGCAGCAAUUUUCCUUAGCCCCAAAUGAUCUAACUAUCAUUCGAAUCACUAACUUGCUAGGAAUAAUAUAUCAAAUCAGGGAUGACUAUUUAAAUCUAAUUGAUGACAAUUACUCUCAUAUGAAAGGUGUCACUGGUGAAGAUUUGAUAGAAGGAAAACUAUCUUUACCUAUUUUACAUUGUCUACAAACUACAGUCAAUUCCCCCGUUCAUAAACUAUUAUACGAUUUGAGGACAAGUGAAGCCAGAAAAGCUCAACCUGAUCUAAUCAAAGCUGCCAUUUCUUUCAUGAGAACAGAAUCUCAGUCAUUGAUGUAUUCACAUGAUUUAAUGAAACAGUAUGAAUUGAGAGCCAAAGAUAUGAUUUUGAGUGUAUCCCCCACUGAUGGUAUACAGUUAACAAGAAUAUUGGAGUGGUUGUGUAAUAUAUAG